AUGCAAAUAACUAAAAGAAUAGGAGAUUAUUACUUGUGUAACGAGAUCGGAAAAGGCUAAUUUGGUUCAGUUCACCUAGUUAAGAAAGCAAUACCUUAAUAGGAAAAUAGAGAAGAUUAUGAGCCAAAUGAAGUAGAAUUAUUGGCAUGCAAAGUAAUUAAGCUGAAUUCUUAGCAUGACAUAUCUGAUCUAGAGAGCGAGUGUGAGAUUCUGAGUAAACUUUCUCAUCCAAAUAUUAUCAAACUGCACACAGUUCUCAAGACUAAAAAUAAUAUGUAUCUAAUUACAGAUUUCUGCGAUUAAGGUGACCUAACUGCAUUUGUAAAGAAACUCUAUAAGCAUCAAACAUUUUAUGAACCAAAUUAGAAGCAUAGAGUCAAUGAAAAUCAAUCGAGAUACAUAAUUUCUCAAAUUCUAUAAGGCAUGAAGUAUCUAUAGCAAAAUAAUGUUGUUCACAGAGAUAUCAAGAUGGACAAUAUAUUAGUUAAGAAAAAAUGGGAUUCAUUCAUAGAAAUUAAUAAUAGAUUGAAAGUGAGAUUUGAGGGAGGAAAGGAUGAAAAAUUCGAUAAUCUUAUUAAAGUGGAAGAUUUUGAAUUCAAAGUUGGUGAUUUAGGAUUGGCUAAGUCUCUUACUGAUCAAAAUUAAUUCACGCACACAAUGUGCGGCACUCCAGUGUGCAUGGCACCUGAAGUCAUUCAAGGAAAUUAUUAUAAUUUAAAAGUAGACGUAUGGUCCCUUGGUACUUUACUGUUUAAUUUGCUGACUGGGACAUUUCCUUUCAAAGGCAAAACAAUUGAUGAGCUAAAAGAAAAUUUAAAAGCUGGAGCUUAUAAAAUACCAAGAGAUGUUAAUGUUUCAAUCGAGUAUUUUUUACUUAACCAUCCAUUCUUGAAGUCAUAGAGGCUUGAUUUACUUAGAUAAAGUAAUAUUCUAGAGAAAGGAGGAAUGAUAGGGACUAAUAGUGAUUUUUAAGAUCCAGUUAGAGCUACAAUAGAGUUGAAUACCAGAAAUUCAUUAAAUUUCUACAAAAUCUACAAUCAAUACUUGGCUAAGAAAAUAGAUUAGAGAAUAACAAGAAUUAGGCAGUAAAAUCAUAACUUACCUCACAAAAGAAAUUAAUUACCUUAAUUGAAUCAAUAGCCCAAUAAAUAAUAGGCAGUAUGUCUAGCCAAUGAGUUGUCGCCUUUAAACUAAAAUAGAAUCAGAAGCAAAUUACCUGCACAAUUAGCAAAGGAAUAGUAGUUGAAAGGCCAUUUAAAAUCACCAAUCGCUAGAAAUGGCGUGUAAGUUGACUUGAAAGAGUACAGAUCGCCAUUUCAAAUAAAAAAUAAUAUAUUCAUUAAUAACCAACUUAAUAACGAUUUGAAUAACGAAUUGCUUCCCAGAGAGCAGAAACAAAAGGAAUAUUAUCCUGCGUUUAUUGAUUAAAUCACAAAGCUAUUGAUGAUUAUUGGAGUGCUAUUGGGAAUCUUAUUGAUUUAUUCUUGA